AUGGACAGACGUAUGACCCGAUCCGCUGCCUCGAAACAAGCAGAGAAUCCUGCAGGCCAGCGAAGCACAGCCUCGAAGGGUACUAAGGACAAGCAGAAAGUGGUAAAGGCGGCUGCAACAUCGUCCGCCGCAGCUAAGAAGAAAAGUCAGAAAGCUCAGGAGAAGCAGAGGGAGAAGGAGGAACGAACGGAUAAGAUACGCAAGAGAAAAUCAAAGAUGAUGGAGGAAGAUGAAGCAUCGCAUGAUGAAGAGGACGUAAGGCCCCAGAAGAAGAAGUCGCGCUCGCGCAACGACAACGCACAGGAGGAGGACGAGCCUGCCAAUGACACGGCGCAAGGCAACAAGGUAGCUGACGUGGUGAUGCAAGACCAGACGGCUGACAGCGAGGGCGAGCAGCCCAAGAAGCCACGGCCUAUGCCAAAGCGGAAGUACGGCCAACAUGCAGAACCUGCGCCUACGCUAGACGCGGACGAGGAGGACCUGGCACGAACAUUGGGCGGCGGACGAAAAGAACAGAACGCUCGGGCUCCUCCGAGCAAGUCGGUCAACACCCCCUCACGAGCGACAGAUGCGGCUGCAAGGAAGCAGGACAAGGGUAAGAAUCGCGCCAACAACAACUCGGAUGACGAGCAUAGCAAAUCCCCGGCCGCCAGCGACGAUAGUCGCAAGAAUUCUGACAAGGCCAAGCGCACGGCUGCAGGCCCACAUGACAAACCAUCCGAUGACUCAGAUCAGGACGACAGCAGCAAGGAUGAUGAUCAAGAGGAAGGAGAGGCGUAUGAAGACGACAGAGAUGAGGAGGAUGAAGAGGAGACAGACCACGCAGAAGAGGGACAGAGCGACGACGAUGGGAUGAUCGUCUUGUCUGACUCCAGGCGCAAGGGCAAGGGUGCUCGUCCCAAGGCGUAUCGCACCGGUGGGGCCAAGGGCGCGCGCCUCAGGGUGUCAGACUUGCCAACAUGGCUUGUUCCACUUUUCCAUGCAGCACAAGAUGCGCUGCGCCUCCGCACCGCUCUGAAGUCCGCCUGGACGAAGGAGCCGUCAGUCGUCUCCAAGCGGCUGCCCAGCGGGAAGGCGUCCCAGGUGAUCCAGAAGGCUUACGACCUGAGCCCUCACCUAUACUCUCUUGAUGACAGGAGGCCAAUUGCGUUGUGGCUGAUCGGCAAGGUCAGCGUGAAGAUGGGCGAUCGAACGGCUUUGCUUCCUCGUUACAUCUUCGGGGAGAUAGAACACAACCUUGGGAAGGAACAGGGCUCGUCCGUGGAGAAGAGUUACAACCGCUUGCUACCUUUCAGGCACCCGGCAAUCCAAGAGCUGAUCUACCUGUACUGGGGGCCCGCCAAACGUGAGGGUGCGUGCAUCAAGGCGGCGAUGGUAGACUUCAAGAAGGUGCCUCUGAACCUCAUCGCACUAGUGUGCACCGCCAUAGAGGGAGCAUUGGCUGACGUCGCCGCGCAGGUGGAAGAAGACAACGAAGUGAACCUGAAAUUUGCGAACUCGGUCUACGCCAAGAAGUCGAAGAUGCAAGGGGACGAGGAUGGUGAUAUGGACGCUGUGGAGGAGAACCAGGAGGAGGAAGAAGACGGGGAACGUGUGGGCGGUGCGGCUAUCGACCUCGACCAGCUGAACGUCACCUUGCCAGCCGUGGCAUCAGGCAGCAAGGCAAAGACUCCUGCGGCGUCCAAGACUGCAGCUGGAUCAUCGAAGGAUGCAGCGAACGCAGAGAGUGGACCGUCACGUCCGUCGCGAUCGAAGUCCGGCGCGAAGAAGGCCCAGGAGCAAACUUCCAGCAGCGAGCGUGAGGUCGAUGAACUCGGCAAUGAGUGGUAA